AUGGCAGCUACCAAUGAGACUUUUUGGCAUGACUUUAUCUUAUUGGGAUUUCCAGAAGAACAAAUAUUAUUCUCAAUUCUAAUUGCUCUAAUCUACACAAUGACUGUUCUAGGAAACCUCACGGUCUUUAGCAUCACUCAAGUGGACAGCCGCCUCCAAUCACCGAUGUAUUUUUUCCUGGCUUGUCUAUCUUUACUAGAUGUCUGUUACUCUUCCGUUACUCUUCCAGCCAUGUUGGCCAAUGCCAUAACAGGCAACAGAACGAUUUCCUUCAUUAGAUGUCUUACACAACUCUAUUUCUUUGUCUGCUUUGGAGGAACGGAAUGCCUUCUUCUGGCUGUCAUGGCUUAUGACCGAUACGUAGCAAUAUGUAACCCGCUCCACCACACCACCACAAUGAACAGGAAGGUCUGUUUAUACUUUGUGGCAGGGUACUGGUUCUGUGGGUUUACGAAUGCGACCUUUCACACCUUGAUGACUUUAAAACGUACUUUUUGUGUUCCCCCACAUAUCAGCCACUACUUCUGUGAUGUUCUUCCUUUGUUACAAGCGGCUUGUAGUGAUAUACAUGAAAGUCAGUUGGUUUUACACCUUGUUGCCCUAUUCAUUGGGAUGGCUCCAUUCAUUCUUAUAACAAAUUCAUACAUCCGUAUUAUUUCCGCCAUACUGAAAAUCCGCUCCACCACAGGAAGGCAGAAGGUCUUCUCCACCUGUUCAUCCCACCUCAUUGUUGUAACAGUGUUCUACAUAACUGGCAACUUUACCUACAAUAGCCCACAUUCUGGAGAUUCCUUUGUCUUUGUUCGAGUGUCGUCUCUUCUAUACGGUAUUGUUCCCCCAUUGCUGAAUCCCGUUAUUUACUGUCUGAGAAAUAAUGAGGUGAAGAGAGCCUUGAAGGACGUUCUUACUAAAUUUUAUACUUCAUUCGGAUGA